AUGGCACCCAAGACAAUUAUCGUUACAGGAGCUUCUCGGGGCAUUGGCCUCGCGAUAGCCAAGUACCUUCUCAGCGCGCCGCAAUCCCACAAUGUGGUGGUGGUAGCUCGCAGCCUUGAGCCCCUCCAGAAGCUCAAAGAGCAAUACAGCAAACAAGUCGAAGUGGUGAACGGUGACCUGGCAGAUUUCACUCUCGCACAAAAGGCCGUCGACAUUGCCAUCGAGUCCUUCGGUCAACUGGACGGUAUGGUCCUCAACCACGGCAUCCUCGGACAGACCGGCAACGUCGCUGUCACCGAUGUUGCAGAGUGGCAGGCGGCUUUCAAUGUCAACUUUAUGAGCUUGGUUGCUUUCGCCAAAGCAGCUCUUCCAGCUCUCCGCCAGGCCAAGGGAAAAAUCAUCUUCACUUCAUCUGGUGCUGCGGUGGGUAAGUAUCGCGGUUGGGGUAUCUACGCUGCCACCAAAGCUGCGAUGAACAAUUUCGCUCAGACGUUGGGUUGCGAGGAGCCCGAUGUCACAUCUGUCUCUGUGCGGCCGGGUAUGGUUGAUACUGAGAUGCAGAGGGAGCUACGCGAGGUUCAUGGCUCCACAUUGGAUGCUGAUAUGCACUCCAAAUUCACCGGCGCCCAUUCUAGCGGCAAGCUUGUGCAGCCCGAACAACCGGGUCAUGUUAUGGCGAAGCUUGUGCUUGAUGCGCCGAAGGAGUUGACGGGUCUUUUCCUUUCGUGGAACGAUGAGGAGCUUAAGGAUUUCCAGGAAUAG